AUGACAAAUACUAUACCUACUUUACCAGAGUGGAGUGCAGAAGAAGUAGAGCAGAGGCUGCUGCCGGAACUUUUGCAGUGGUCUCUGGCUAAUGGUGGGACCAUUUAUCCUCCGGGCUUCAACAUCAACCAGGCUGAAGCUCUUACGAUGACCCUGUUCCCAACGCCCCUCCCACGAAAGGCACUAGAAAAGGCUGUGCGGGUGCAGACGACCUACAAUGAGUUGUACGCACGGAUUGCGCAGGACAAGAAUGGCUGGCUGUCUGAAGUGACGGAGCAGCUGGCCAACUUCGAUGCCAACUUCACCGGCCGCCUUUGGAAGCUUUACCUAGAAGCACAAGCUAUUGGGAUAUCGCAGAAAAUAGGCCUAGGUGUAUUUCGGUCAGAUUACCUGCUCGAUGCAGACUCGGGGGACCUGAAGCAGGUGGAAUUCAAUACAGUCAGUGUAUCUUUUGCCGGUCUAUCUACUAAAGUGGGGGCGGUACACAACUUUCUAAAUGAAUCGGGCAAGUAUUCUAGGAACGGGGGGCGGUUUUAUGAGUCUGAGGUUCCUAUUUCCGAAUCAGCCUUUUUAUUGCCUCGCGCUUUGGCCAGUGCUGCGGAUAAGUACAACUCUUUGACAGGUAGCAGAGACACAAUUGUUGCGUUCAUCGUGCAAAGAGGCGAGCGCAAUGUUGUGGAUCAACGCAUUCUUGAGUACAACCUCUUUGAGCGACAGGGCGUGAAAUCAGUCAGGCUGAUGCUCCAUGAGGUGCAUGAGCGCACUAGGUUGGACCCAAUAACGAAAAGACUAUACCUGACUUCAACAGGCCAAGAAAUAGCAGUUGUCUAUUUCAGAACAUGCUACUCGCCACAGGAUUUUGCUUCGGAGCAGGAUUGGAAGAAUAGACUAUCUCUGGAGCUAAGUUAUGCCAUCAAGGCACCAAACCUUUUAACCCAGCUUUCUGGUACCAAGAAAGUUCAGCAACUCCUUUCUGAGGAAGCUGUACUCGCCAAAUUUCUUCCAGCAGAUCGCCGGAGUGACAUUGGUGCUACUUUUGUCAAUCUCUAUCCCCUAGAUGACUCCCCUUUGGGGAAAGAGGGCAAACGCCUCGCGCUAGAAAUGCCAGAACGCUACGUUUUGAAGCCACAGAGAGAGGGAGGGGGGAACAAUAUAUAUAAGGAGGACAUCCCUGCAUUUCUCGGCACCAUUCCCGAAGAAGAAUGGAAUGGCUACGUGCUAAUGGAGCUCAUCAAUCCAAAACUCAAUGAAAACGUCCUGGUUCGCGGCCAGGAGCUUUUCCAGGAGCCUCUCAUCAGUGAGCUAGGUAUUUACGGUACCAUACUAUUUUCAGAUGAGGAAAUAUACAGUAACGACUACGCUGGAUGGCUGCUGCGUUCCAAGUUGCCUUCGUCCAACGAGGGCGGUGUUGCGGCGGGAUUCGGCUGUGUCGACAGCAUGGUACUUUACUAA